AUGGCUAUUGGUGACGAGGGUAACGUCAAAUGGGUUGACGGCCUUCGAGGCGUUGCCUCCGCACUCGUCGUGAUCAAGCACAUCUCGGCUGGCUGGUUCACGUACCUCCUCUGGCCCGCAGCAGAUGAAAAGGCCGCGCCCGUGCUGCUGCAGCUGCCCUACUUCCGCGUCCUCAUCCAGGGCCGCAUCGGCGUCGCCAUCUUCUGCCUUGUCACCGGCUAUGUCUGCGCCCUCAAGCCAGUCAAGAACUUCAACUCAGGCACCCAGACCGUCGCCUUUACCUCGAUGAGCCGGUCCGCCAUCCGUCGUGUCCCUCGACUCGUGCUCCCCGUCGCCAUCAUCAUCCUCAUCAGCUGCAUCGCGACCCAGAUGGGCGCCUUCCUCAUUGCGAACCACUGCGACGGGUACGGAUUGCCCGAGACGAGCCCCCGCCAGCGCGACAACAUCUUCCUCGCCCUCGGUGCCGCGUUCAAGGACCUGCUGAGCGUGUGGACCCAUGGUCAGAGUGAAUACGGAGCAGAGCUCUGGACCAUGAUGCCCAUCCUCAAGGGUGCCUUCUGGGUCUACAUCUUCCUCAUUGCGACCGCCUACGUGCAGCAAAAGUGGCGCAUGGCCAUCGCGCUGGCGCUGACCCUGUUCCGCUGGGCGUGCAACGAUCCCUUCUUCGGCAUGCAGUUCUUCUUUGGCGCCUUCAUGGCCGAUCUGCAGAACCUCGACCCUGGCUCGUUCAGCAAGUUGCAGGUCAUGUCCUCGAACAGCUCCAUGCGUGGCGCCCUGUCCAUCUUCUUCCUCCUCGUCGGCCUCUUCGUCGCCUCGCUUCCCGACAAGCACUCUGAGUGGCAGCCGUGGUCCGACUCCCUCCACAAGUUCCUCGAAUCGAUCCUCCCCACGAACCCCGACUUUCCUCGCUUCGCAUCCGGCAUCGGACUCGACAUUAUCGUGGUGGGGCUGCACCUCUCGCCUAUGGCCCGCGGUAUUCUCGCCAACAGAUUCUUCCUCUUCCUCGGCCGCAUGUCGUUUGCCGUGUAUCUCCUCCACAACCAGAUCCUCCGCUCGGUGCUCUGCUGGAUGAUCUACGGCAUUGCGGUCCCCGCCGAGGGCGAGCCGCAUCUCGUGUUAGACAGCCCCGUCCGCCUGUUCAUGGUCCUGCCCUUGUAUUUCGCGCUCACCUAUGGCUCGGCGUAUCUCUGGACGACGCAUGUAGAUGCGUUCUGCGCGCGAGUUUCAGAGCGCAUGGUCGGCGUCAUCAAGGAGAACCAGAACGAAAAGGCCCCUCCACUGCUGCCCCAGUCUCAGCAGGGACAGCACCGUUCAUAA